UAAGAGGGUCCAAAUCCUGUCUAGUCCCUCCUUCACACAGACACUCUUCUAUAGAUAUUACACAAAGAAAUACAGAACACUACAGAAAAUAGGAAACCUUUGAAGAAAAGCUAUGUUGGAGGCUAUAUUUUCUUACCAUAGAACAAUUCAGCCGUCAGACAUAUAGGUCUAAACACUAAACUAGCUUUGGUCUAAUUAUUCCCACCUACACCAAACAAAAUGUUAUAUUCCAAGAAGAUCACAGAAAGCCAGUGCUAUGUGAGUAGCCAUAGAUCCACACAGAAACAGUGAUAACUGAGCUGAGAGACAUCUGAGAUGAGAAAGAAGCUCACUGUACUUGCUCUUAAUAGCCACCACAGCACAACACAAGCAUGCAAAUGUGAUCAAAUGAUCCUUCAAGGAAGAGUAACGUUAGCCAAUAAACUAAGCUAUGUCAAAAACAGUAUGAUGACAGUCUGGUCCUCCCCAGACAACCAUAUUAAACGAGUGAAAGAUACACAGAGAAACAGCCAGUCAACUAAACUGAGGGGACAGAAAAAAAGGAGAAGACUGAAGGCAUCAUUACAAGCCAAGAAAACAGCAAAACUGACUAACAGUACUUGACAAACAAGCUAACACACGCUUAGCUUAGUGUAUUGUAAACCUAUUUAGCAACACGGCCUAGCAACGCACUUUAUUAACUUAUUAUGAGGUAAAUUUUUUUACAAGAAGGCUCCUUACCUUUUAGAAGUGUUGACUUCUGGAUAUUCCUCUUUCCAGAGCAGUGGGCAACCAAAUGGUAUCACCUGGGGAACCAAUCCAGUUCUGAGGCCAGGGCCAGGAUUAUCCCCGCAAUCUAACAAGCAUGUCCUUUGGGGUGGACGGAAGCCAGGAGAAACCUUCACAAACAUGGACCAGUUUCCUCAUUUGUCGAUGGCACACCCCUAACUGCCCCAGCGACGAGUUCGUCUGCACAUAAAUAGGAAGUCAACUGCAGUGUAGGAUACUUAUCAGUUACAUUCCAGAGGAGAAAUUUGCUUCAGGCGGAAAUAGCCACAGUCUUGUUCCACUUAAAAAGGGACAACCCCUGUCUUUCAAGCAGCAGUCUUUUUAAAGGCCCGGUCCUUGUUUCAGCACCUUGAUGAUAUCCCAGAUUUGUAGAAUCUGGCUGAGGGUGUUUUUUUUCAGGGUUGGCAGCGCCUGCUUCUUUCUUUGAAGACUUCUUUAAAGGUUGUAGGUAACUUGCUGUUCUGUUAAGCUCUGUUAAGAUCUGUUCAAUUCGAGUAGUUAAGAAAAUCAGCACCUUCAAUCACACACCAGUAGAGGGCCCAGUUUGACAACAUACCGGUGUGAGGCCCAACCUGAUCAUCUGACAUGAACAAGGAAGCUGCUCAAAGAAAAUAAAAACCAGUCUGGUUGCUCUUGUGUUUCGACACCUUUGACUUGCAAAGAGAAAUGCAGGUAUCGGAGCUGGAGGACAGGCGUUGAGUAUACAGUACUCAGCUUCAAGGACAGCAAAAAUGCUGAAAAAACUCUUUAACUUCCUGGCAAUUUUUGCUUUCUUGAGUGUGGCAUGUUUUGUUGUACUUUUGUUCUACAGUAAAGAUAGCACUUUGGCUUUUCUUUCUAAGCCAUAUCUUAAAGCAAAUGGAAAUAACACAAUUUCCUGGCUGAUAAAAGAACGUGUGAAAGAGCUAUUGGAAACGAGGACUGAAGGACCAAGCACCAGCCAAGAGACGACACAGAUACCAGACACUACCAAGAAAAGUUUGGUACCCUGCCCUGAUACCCCUCCAAAUCUUUUGGGUCCUCUCAAUGUGGAGUUUAAUUACAAACGGACUAUGGAUGAGGUGAAAAAGGAGGUUGGUGCUCCUCUACAGGAGGGAGGACGUUACAAGCCACCAGACUGUAUCUCACGACACAAGGUGGCAAUCAUCAUCCCAUUUCGAAAUCGGCAUGAGCACCUGAAGCACUGGCUUUAUUACCUCCAUCCUAUAUUGAUACGACAGCAGUUGGACUAUGGUGUGUAUGUUAUCAACCAAGCUGGAGAUGGAGUGUUCAACCGAGCUAAACUGAUGAACGCAGGCUAUGUUGAGGCAUUGAAGGAAUAUGACUAUGAGUGCUUUGUCUUCUCGGAUGUUGACUUGGUUCCUAUUGAUGAUCGUAACCUCUACAGAUGUUUUGACAAUCCCAGACACUUGGCUGUGGCUAUGGACAAAUUUAGCUAUAGGCUACCCUAUAACACCUACUUUGGAGGGGUUUCUUCAUUGUCCAAGAGCCAAUACAUGAAGAUUAAUGGCUUCCCGAACUCUUACUGGGGCUGGGGUGGUGAGGAUGACGAUAUCUAUAGGCGAGUUAUCUUCCGUGGGAUGUCCAUUUCCAGGCCUGACUUGAGGACGGGAAGGUACAAGAUGAUCAAACAUGUAAGAGACUUGCACAAUGAGCCUAAUCCAAAGAAUCCUGGUAAACUGGGCCAAACCCAGUGGGCCAUGGGUAAAGAUGGAAUUAAUUCCCUCAAAUACACAGUCAAGGAGAUUGUGAAGGAUAUACUGUACUCUUUUAUCACUGUGGAUAUUGAAGCUCCACCAAGCUGAAUGAGGAUGGAACCUGUGGAUUCUGGACUGUUGUUGACUAUUGUACAGUAUCUGCGGGCCACAUUGGUGAUUCACUGGUUUUCCAGGCUCAGGACUCAAACAAUAGAAGAUGGUAUUCUUCUUGCUCUACCUUGGGUGAUUUUAUGUUUAUCUUCUUAAAAUAUCUGUGAAUGCAGUCUGUCAAAUUUCUUGUAAUUGACCUGGGGCAGGUGUGGGUCUUGGUGUAGGGUUACGUUUGCAAUCCUGCAUGUACAUAUGUUGUGUCUCAGUGAACAUAUGUAAUAGUAUAUCAUUAUUUGCAUAUUUGAUACGUUUUUAUGCAUACUUGACAAUAUAGUGAAUGUAAAUAUUUUGAAUAUGAAGUACAGGAUAGUGCUUUGGCACAAUCCUCAAAUAACAAUCAUUAUUCAGUCUGCUGUGCAAGAAUAUGAAGCCUGUUCUCAUUCCCAGGGCAUCAAAUACUGACGCUGGGGUGGUGAAAAAGUGUUGGUAUUUGAAGACCUGGGAUGAGAACAUUUAAGAACAUGUUCUGGUGUGGACAGGAGGACAUAGGUUUAUAUGUUAAAGACGUCACAGAAGAGACAUUCUGGGGAUGGUUGCACCAUGCUAGAAGAUAUUUGUGUAUUGCAGGGGCAAAUACCACUCAAAGUGGAUGAAACACUGACGUCAGACUAGACAGGAGUGUCUGGAUGGACAAUGAAGUGGUUAAGGGGUUUUAUAUUUUGUUAGAUCUAAUCAGGUCCUGAUUUAACUUAAUUUAUUGUAUUGAGACAUUUAUCUUUACAGUGCAAUGCAACACCAGCUUUUAUUUUUUGUGCUUUACAUUACAUUACUGUAGGUGUUCACUGUGAAUAAAGGAUAAAUAGUACAUAAGUAAUGUGUGUACUGACAGUGAGAAUGUGUACUGACUUUUUGAAACCUGUUGUUUGCUUGCAGUCUUUUUAUAGAUACUGUUUUGUUACAGAAACACAGUUUCAGUGGAUUGUUAUUUUGACUUUUGACUGUCUUGAGUUUAGAAUGAUAAAGGGAAAAUUAGUUUUGGUGGCAGUGAUGCACUGGUUGAAGUAUCCUUUUCUUUUUGAAUGUAUUUUUUUACUUUACAGGUGUAUAAUACUUUAUUUUAUUGUAUUUAUAGCCUUUUCUAAUAAAGUAGUG